UGUUCGGGCGGUUGGCGGUUGGGGAUUCAUUAAGCUGCCGGGGCGCGGCCCGAGCGACCUUUAAAUAAUCGGGCCUCCAGGCCGGCGGGUGCGACGCUUACCUGCGGGUCUGCGCCGAGCCUGGCCAGCAGCACACUCAGAGUCGGGGCGUUCGCGUCCGGCGGGAGAUGCUGUUGCUAGAUCGCACCCCUGAGGUGGAGGGUCUCAGGCCUUUGCUGGAGUCGGGGGCUUCGGUCAACGCGCCCCCGGAUCCCUACGAGCAGUCGCCCGUCCACUUGGCCGCGGGCGGCGGGCUCGCUGGCUUCCUCCUCCGGCAGCUGCAAGCGGGCGCUGACCUCAACCAACAGGAUGUUUGGGGAGAAGCACCUCUUCACAAGGCAGCAAAAGCGGGAAGCCUGCAGUGUCUUAGCCUGCUUAUUGCCAGUGAUGCCCAAAUUGAUUUAUGUAAUAAGAAUGGGCAAACAGCAGAAGAUCUUGCUUGGUCAUGUGGAUUUCCAGAAUGUGCCAAGUUUCUCACAAUGAUUAAAUGUAUGCAGACAGUAAAAUCAAGUGAACAAUCCAAUAGAGAUGACUGUGUCCCAUCACUUAAACAGAAACGAUGUAUUGGAAGUGUAGAAAAUACCAAUGUGAAACGGAAGUGUUGGUAAGUAACAUAAGCUGCUUCUUUCCCCCUUAAGAAUAUCUCUUCUAGCAUAGAUUUAGUGUUUCAUUUAAAUACCAGCAUUCUUAUUUCUAGCAUUAUUUGUAUCUAUUUAUUUUGGCAGUGCUGGUACUGGAGUGUGAACUUGAGACUUCAUACUUGCUAGGCAAUUGCUCUACCAUUUGACACACUCCUAGUUUAGGGUCUUGUAUUUCUUUCUUUGCUUCUUUUUCUCUCUCUUCUCUUCUGUUUUCCCUUCCCUUCCUUUCUCUGCUCCCUAUCCUUUACCCUUUUCCAUUUCCUUCUGUACUUGGGACUAGCCUCAGACCAUGAUACUCUUACUCUGCGUCUAUCAUUGGGAUUUACCCUUUAGUUUUCAUUAACAUUUUAAUAUUAUUUGCAGUUCCUACUGCUAGAUUCUAAGACCUAUAGAAGUAUAGGGAGAAAAACUUAUUUUAAGUCUUUA